AUGUUCUCGUUUCGACUCUUCCUCGCAGACACCCCCUACGCGUCCGCAGCCGAUAUAGUCAGAGAGAUGACAAGGAAGCCGAGGCGUUAUUUGGAUUGUAGACCGUCGGUCUUCGCACAGCCGACGCCCGAGUACCCGGAAGGAACGAGAUUUGCGACGAUUCUGGAGAACGACUGGGAGUUGCAAGAGGGUCGAGUCCAGCUUGCAAGUACAAACACAAAAACGGUAGAUGGAGGCCAUCAGGAGAGUGGCGUCGUCUACACGACAUGGCCGCCAGUGUUGUCGGCGCAACAGGGGCCGACUUCGCAUGAUCCCCACCAUGACGAGCACCAGACCGCAGAUGGCAUCGCGGGAACGUGUAAUGAGGGCUACCCUCAAUAUGCCUAUCCGUCUUUCGGGCAAGCAUACAAUGCUCUCAAAGGGACGCAGCGAGUCCAUGAGGAUGUGUACCACGGCUUGCAGAGGGAGUACGCGUUCAGCCGAGUACGCGAUCUGGUCGUCGCGCGCGUGCGAGCGAGCGAAGUCGAGGACCGUUUCCUGAGGGAGACGACGAAUAUCGUCCUGGCGGCCGCAGAGCAAGAUGCCUGUGCAGAGAGGGCUUCCAACGCAAACCGCGUUCCUAUCCAGCCGGAGGUCCGAAGCCCGCGCGCACAUGUAGGCCUGUCCACCACCGUGUACGCUCCGACCGACGCAGUCUACGCUCCUCAGCCCGACUCGCAUUCGAGCCCGGCGUCGUCAUCCACGCUCCUCAGCCCAACAUCCGAGUGGGAGCCGUUGGCCACGUCGACCCCGCGGCCCCAGCCCCUUCAUGACAGCGACGGGCCUGCCGACAACGCGACAACGGCUCAGAAGUUCGGUCCCAACGGUCGAUGCACGGGCCUUCCGAGCAAGGAAUCCAGCGGCGGGGCUGCUCCGAAUUGAAGGGCGGGGAGUGUCGAGAGGAGAGAGCAUGGACGUUCAGCGCAGGUUGGCCAGGGACAAUGCAAGUCGGAGUUGUGCAUGUAGAUAGGGGUUUCAACAUCUUCAGACAAUGGUCGAGACGCGGUACCGGACUUGAAUCCACAUCCCCUCACGCGUAUUUGGGCUAGGUCUGCAUAAACAUGGAUUUAUCACGCCUCGCCGCGAGCGUAUCCUUCAUACGGCGGAUAGCCGCAGAACAUCUUUGGGUUCCCUAGAUUGAAACGACGGCAAUGGCCCCCACAAAGUUCAUUUGUGGUCCCCGCCAUAGCAGAACCUGACACCAGACCGCCCC